UAGAAAUCGGUUCGGUUGCUUUGAUUCUUGCCUGGAAAAAUGGAGAAAUUGAAAGUGUUAUUCGAAAAUCGGUUAGUUCGUGUGUCCGUCUACACCUUGUGCAUCUCGUUCGUCUCGGAAAUGGCCUAUCAUGCGGUGAAACGGUGGCGAAAAAUCCUCGUGAAAGAUGAAGUGAAUGAAGUUCUUUACACCAACGACCAAACGCAAAUUUGCACGGCCUCGCACAAGUCUAAUAAUGUUGCGUGUAAAAAUCGCAGUUGUUACAUACGGAAUAUAGCGAGAAUCGUGAAGUGCAUCGAUAGCGCAAAGGCGUCCAUAGAUUUUUCCAUGUAUAUUUUCACGGCAGCGGAGCCGGCCGAGGCGGUCUUACGGGCGCAUCGUCGGGGUGUUCGCGUUCGGGUGAUUUGCGAUGAGUCGAUGGCGUUCGCGAGCGGAUCGCAAGCCGUGGCCUUCCACAAUGCCGGAAUACCUGUUCGAUUUCAAACAAAUUCAACCGGCCUAAUGCAUCACAAAUUUUGUAUAAUUGACGGCCCGUAUAGUCGUCGUCUUCGUCCAUCAACAUCGGCUGUAGCACGAUAUGCAAAUGAAUCGGAUAUGAUACCUUUACUGUUGAACGGAUCAAUGAAUUGGACGUUUCAGGGAUUCUCUGGCAAUUGGGAAAAUCUUCUCAUCACCUCAAAUUUGCAACUUAUCGAUCAGUUUGAGCAAGAAUUUCAACGGAUGUGGAAUAAAUUUAAUAACAAAAAUAAUUGUAUAGUGUAGGGAAAAUAGUGAAAUUAAAUUAAAUUAAUUAAUUUAAAGUGAAUAAGUUGGUUAAAUCAAAGGUGCGGAAAAUAAAGGAAACAAUCAAAAGUUAACAAAUGCAGAAUUCCUUGUCCAAUGACACAAAAUAUGCAAAUCUAGCAACAGACGAACAAACAGACAAAUGCAACAUCAGUAAAAUUUCUGGUUUGAAAGCAUUCGACCUCAAAAGUAUUUCGGGUGUAGAAGGGGAAUUGUGAUUGAAGUGUCACCAUUAUAUCCUCUGAUGAUACUCUAUCGUCCAGAGGGCAUUUUAUGGUUGCUGUUUAUAGUCCAUUCCCAAUAGAAUUCAUUACUGAGAAUGAAUUAUUUAUUCUGUUAUGUAGAAAUGGAGUAAAGUGAAGAAAAAAAAAACAUGGAAGAAACUAUAAACGAUUUGUGUGGGGGUUAAGAUUCGCUUAGAAAUGCAACUCACAUAAAUUUAACGUGAAUGCUCGUAAAAAAUACGAGCAAUGAACCGGAAAAUUUCUAAGUGGAAUGAUCUAGUUUAAUUGAAAAUAUUUGGGAGUUUUUUUUAGGUAUGAUGAUUCAAUUGCCGAGAAUUUAGGAUCCAAGGUAACAAUGAAGAAAGUAUCUUGUAGUUGAGACUUCUCAUGAAAGAAGAUGCUUACGAAAUAGUUAACCUCGCCCAAGGCUCUUGCAAGAGAAGGUAAAAGGAGAGAAGUAAUAGAGGAGGAGGGGGCG